AGUUUCAAUGCGCGUUGUGGCUUGCCGAAGCUGAGCCCUAUACACCGCCUGCUGCUUUCCGGAUCAUGGCUUCUCCGAGUUCCUUCACCUAUUGUUGCCCUCCAUCUUCCUCCCCUGUCUGGUCAGAGCCGCUGUACAGUCUGAGGCCAGAGCACGCGCGGGAGCGGUUGCAGGACGACUCGGUGGAAACAGUCACGUCCAUAGAACAGGCAAAAGUAGAAGGAAAGAUCCAAGAGGUCUUCAGUUCUUACAAGUUCAACCACCUUGUACCAAGGCUUGUUUUGCAGAGAGAGAAGCACUUCCAUUAUCUGAAAAGAGGCCUCCGACAGCUGACAGAUGCCUACGAGUGUCUGGAUGCCAGCCGCCCAUGGCUCUGCUACUGGAUCCUGCAUAGCCUGGAACUCCUGGAUGAGCCCAUCCCCCAGAUGGUGGCCGCAGACGUGUGUCAGUUCCUGGAGCUGUGUCAGAGCCCAGAAGGCGGCUUUGGAGGGGGCCCUGGCCAGUACCCACACCUGGCACCCACGUAUGCAGCAGUCAACGCGCUGUGCAUCAUUGGCACCGAGGAGGCCUAUGACGUCAUUAACAGAGAGAAGCUUCUCCAGUAUUUGUACUCGCUGAAGCAACCCGAUGGCUCUUUUCUCAUGCACGAUGGAGGUGAGGUGGACGUGAGAAGUGCGUACUGUGCUGCCUCGGUAGCUUCGUUGACCAACAUCAUCACCCCAGACCUGUUUGAGGGCACUGCUGAAUGGAUCGCAAGGUGUCAGAAUUGGGAAGGUGGGAUUGGCGGGGUACCAGGAAUGGAAGCCCAUGGCGGCUACACGUUCUGUGGCCUGGCUGCGCUGGUCAUCCUCAAGAAGGAGCGCUCCUUGAACUUGAAGAGCUUACUACAAUGGGUGACAAGCCGGCAGAUGAGGUUUGAAGGUGGAUUUCAGGGCCGCUGCAACAAGCUGGUGGACGGCUGCUACUCCUUCUGGCAGGCGGGUCUUCUGCCCCUGCUUCACCGCGCGCUGCACGCCCAAGGUGACCCUGCCCUCAGCAUGAGCCGCUGGAUGUUUCACCAGCAGGCCCUGCAGGAGUACAUCCUGAUGUGCUGCCAAUGCCCCACCGGGGGGCUUCUGGAUAAACCCGGCAAGUCCCGGGACUUCUACCACACCUGCUACUGCCUGAGUGGCCUGUCCAUAGCCCAGCACUUCGGCAGCGGAGCCAUGUUGCACGAUGUGGUCUUGGGUGUACCUGAAAACGCCCUGCAGCCCACUCACCCUGUGUACAAUAUUGGACCAGACAAAGUGAUCCAGGCUACCAUGUACUUUCUGCAGAAGCCGGUUCCAGGCUUUGAGGAACAUGAGGAUGAGGCAUCAGCGGAGCCUGCCACCAACUAGGGGACACGGGGUCCUGCAGCUCUGUGUUCACCCAUCUCCCCAGUCAGACCAAGGUUCAUACAUGUCGAUACAUACUGCAUUUUGUGCUGCACAAGCCUUGGCCGCUGUGAAGCUUGGUUCUUUGUCCUUUUUUGUUAAACAGAACAAAACUGAUGGCUUUUGGUUCAGAGAACACAAUGGUGUGGUUUUUUAAAAAUUCUUUCCACUCCCGUCCUACCAAAAACCUACCAGCUGUGUAGCAUCUGGACCCGGCUCUGGCUCGGCCAGGGUUGGCUGGGGAGCAGUGCAUGCUGGAAUAGCAGCCCCGCCCCGCCAGCUGGCCAGCGCGACUGUCCAUCAAAAUGAAUGACGUCUGAGUAUGCAGCAUUCAGAGCUGUUGCUGCGGUUCUCACGUGUGCUACCACUGCGUCACCAGGAAGAUGGCCUCCUGUGGGUGGAAAGAAGUCUGCUCCAUGCCUAGGCAGGGGCUUUGAGUCUCACCAAAAUGAGUUCUCCAGGAAAAUAACGUGCUGGGGCUUCACUCAGAGGUGCCCAAGGUCCUCGCCUCCCAGCCUGAUUACUUGCAAGGGGAAGGAGCUAGGGUUGGGGAGAAGGGCUCAGGAGGUGUGAGUCCCUCCCUCUCCAGACUGGGCACUGACCACACAUCUCCAAGGCCAGCUUGCUGCAUGGGCAGGAUUUGCCUCGGCCCCAGUUGUGGUAGCUUAGACCCGGGAACCAAUUAUGAAUGGAAAACGAACUUCUUGUUCAACUCUGAGCCAGAGGAAGCAGCCCCAGAGCCACCCCAUCACGUGCCCUGAACAGCCCCUCUGAAGACUGCAAGGCAGCACCUUCAGCCCUCAGCCAGGCUGUUUCCGUCUUUCUUGCCCUGACUCCCUGCUCACCCUUCUGAAAGACAGUGUUGUCUUCUCUCACCCUGAGUAUUAACACUACUAAGUCUUUCACCUUCAUUUCUGACUCAGGAUUUAUUCACAUCCUGCCUACUCCAGGCUCAGAGAAAGAAAACCUAGUGCUAGAUAAGCUGGAUGCUGCCAGGGCAGGGCUGAGCGCUGCCCAGAGUGUCCAGCCUGGCAGGGCCCCUGCUGCCCACACAGAACAACCCUUUCUCGGUUAGUGGGGGUGGUGUUGGCUCACCCGACUCCGAUGGUCACAGCAAGCUCCAUGUCGCUGGUCUGGCCUUCCCGUAAGCAGCCGUGGGCUGUGGGCAGAUGGGGACCCAGAGAUGCAGCGUAAGGCUCAUCUCAAAAACUCUGGCCAUCUGCUGCCUCUAAUUUCCUAGUGCUUUGGCGUAUUGAGCUAUGUAUUACCUCCUUGAAAUAAUAAAAAAAUAACCUUUUC